UGCUGUAGUAGUAGGCGGGGCCCGGAGGUCACAGUGACCGGUACAUGCGGUCGCUAUGGCUGGGCUGGUGGACUUCAAGAGUGAGGAAGAAGUGAAGGAGUUUCUUGACAACCUGGGCACCGAGUACUCCUAUCAGUGCCACCGAGAGAAGGACGCGGAUGGGUGUCACCGUUUAGCUGAGUAUUUAGAGAAUAUAAAAAAAAACUUUGAAGCUACGGCCAAAGUACUGAAGAUUAACUGUGAGCAGAACGACCAUAGCGAGAGCUGCUUCAAACUGGGGGCGUACCAUGUGACGGGGAAAGGAGGUCUUCCAGUCGAUCUAAAAGCUGCCUAUAAUUGCUUCCUGAAAUCAUGUCUUAAGGGAGGGAAGAAAUCCAUUGAUUCCUGCCAUAACGUUGGGCUGUUGGCGCAAGAUGGUUGCAUAAACGACGAUGGGAAACCCGAUGUACGUGUAGCCAGGGAUUAUUAUACCAAGGCUUGCGAAGGCAAAUUCGCACCAAGUUGCUUCAACCUUAGUGCAAUCUACCUGGAGGGAUUACCCGGAUUUCCCAAGGAUAUGACUCGCGCUCUGCAUUUUUCGGAGAAGGCCUGUGAACUGGGACAUAUCUGGGCAUGCGCUAAUGCCAGCCGAAUGUACAAACUUGGGGAUGGCGUCAAAAAAGAUGACGCCAAGGCAGAAACUUUAAAAAAUCGUGCCAAGGAUCUCCACCAAAAACAAAAGGAGUCUCAAGAAAUUACUUUUGGGUUGUAAAGAACAACAGAUUAAAAGAAUGAUUUUCAGGGAUACAGCCACAUGGACAAUAUGUGUAAUAAAAUUAUGUAAUCAC